AGUCAACUGUUGGGCGCUAAGCAGAGCAUUCAGAGCGGCCUCCCAGGAAAGGAGUUUCUGCGAGCUUCUGUACAUCACGAUGGUGCGAGCCAAGAGCUGGACCCUGAAGAAGCACUUUGAAGGCUUCCCCACUGACAGUAACUUCGAGCUGAAGACAACUGAGCUCCCACCCUUAAAUAAUGGAGAGGUCCUGCUGGAAGCCCUGUUCCUCUCUGUGGAUCCUUACAUGAGAAUUGCAUCGAAAAGACUGAAGGAGGGUGAUAAGAUGAUGGGUGAACAAGUGGCCAGAGUUGUGGAAAGCAAAAACCCAGCCUUUCCCACGGGAACCGUUGUGGUGGCUUUAUUAGGCUGGACAUCACAUUCCAUUUCUGAUGGCAAUGGACUGAAAAAACUGCCUGCAGAGUGGCCAGACAAGUUACCACUGUCUUUGGCUUUGGGGACAGUUGGCAUGCCAGGCCUCACUGCCUACUUCGGCCUGCUUGACAUCUGUGGCGUGAAGGGUGGAGAGACAGUGAUGGUCAACGCAGCAGCAGGAGCAGUGGGCUCAGUAGUGGGGCAGAUAGCCAAGCUCAAGGGCUGCAAAGUUGUUGGUGCCGCAGGGUCUGAUGAAAAGGUUAACUAUCUUAAGAAGCUCGGAUUCGAUGUUGCCUUUAACUACAAGACAGUAAAGUCUUUGGAAGAAGCAUUGAGAACGGCUUCUCCUGACGGUUACGAUUGCUAUUUUGACAAUGUAGGCGGAGAGUUUUCAAACACGGUUAUAGCCCAGAUGAAGACGUUUGGGAGAAUUGCCAUCUGUGGGGCCAUCUCUCAGUACAACCUCACCGGUCCACGUUCACAAGGCCCACCCCCAGAGGCUGUGAUUUAUCAGCAACUCCGCAUGGAGGGGUUCCUCGUUACCCGCUGGCAGGGAGACGUCCGCCAGAAGGCUCUGAUAGACCUGAUGAAUUGGGUCUCAGAGGGUAAAAUCCAGUACCACGAAUACAUACACGAAGGGUUUGAGAAGAUGCCAGCGACGUUCAUGGGAAUGUUGAAAGGAGAAAAUCUGGGGAAGGCAAUAGUGAAAGCAUGAAGAAAAAAAUGACAUAAGCAUCAUCACUGGAGGGUUAGGUUGUUUUUAAUCAUUUGGUACAAAUGUACAUCGCCUUAUGUAAGAAAUAACUGCAAGGGAUUUGACCUAUCUAAUAAAAUACCUGUGUGAUUUUUUUAAAAAUCUAUGAUAGAGAAUUAAAAUCUCCUGACAAACAACAAGAA